GAAAGUAAAGAGGAGUGAGAGUAUGAAUGAGCAACUCCAAAUCUGACAUGUUGUGAAGGAAGGAAGUCUUGCGUGCUCGCCCGUUUGCAACAGCCACACACACACACACACCAAUAGGAAGAAGGAGUGCGCAACGCCGCUUGACCCACCCUUUUCAGAUCCGAUCCGAUAGCAAACAUGAACAUUUUCAGGUUAUCUGGGGACAUGACCCAUUUGGCCAGCGUCCUCGUCCUCCUCCUCAAGAUCCACACCAUCAAAUCCUGCGCUGGUGUCUCAUUGAAGACUCAAGAACUCUACGCACUUGUUUUUGCUACUCGCUAUUUGGAUAUCUUUACCAGUUAUAUAUCACUAUAUAAUACCACUAUGAAGUUGAUAUUCUUGGGAAGCUCAUUUUCUAUUGUAUGGUACAUGAGGCACCACAAGAUUGUUCGUAGAUCAUAUGACAAAGAUCAAGAUACCUUCCGUCAUUAUUUUCUCAUAUUGCCCUGUUUUCUGUUGGCUCUACUUCUCAAUGAGAAAUUCACUUUUAAGGAGGUGAUGUGGGCAUUCUCCCUGUAUUUGGAAGCUGUAGCUAUACUUCCUCAGCUAGUACUGUUGCAGAGAACCAGAAACAUUGACAAUUUGACAGGACAAUAUGUCUUUCUUCUUGGUGCGUACAGAGCACUAUACAUUCUCAACUGGAUCUAUCGCUACUUCACUGAACCCCACUUUGUCCACUGGAUAACAUGGAUUUCUGGCCUAGUUCAAACACUGCUCUAUGCUGACUUCUUCUAUUACUAUUUCCAAAGCUGGAAGAACAACCAAAAGCUUCAUUUGCCAGCAUGAAACCCAAGGUUCUCAUUUGGAGAAUUUUACAAUGAGCAGAGAGGAUCCAAACUAUUUGUCUGGACACAGUGGUUUCUGAAUUACGAUUCAAUAUUUGUUCGUUCUUGCUCCCUCAUAUACUACUGUACUAAUUACUAGGAAUGUUAGACAAAAAAUCAUGAAAUUGUUGGUAACGCUACUCAAUGCAAUCUUAACUUGAAAAGUUAUUGAUAUCUAGAUGAGAGAUUGGAGGUACAA